UUCAUUUAUGUGUAGGCUCCUUUUCAUCAUCUCCCCAAUUUUCCAUAUUUAUAUGAAAACAUGUCACAUUUCCAAAUAAGUUGCCUUAGCAUAUUAAAGUCUCCCGGAAAGCUAAUGUUCCUUUCUUCAAGGGGAGUGCUGAAUUAGGGGUAGUUAUGUGACAUAAAAUAUAGUUUUCUUACUGAGUUUGGAUUUUCAAAGUAGUGAGUGUGCUCUUAAUUCACAACGGAAGUAUAGUCUCAUUUUGUCUUUUUCAAAGUUAAUAAUGGCCUAAUUCUUUAUAACAUGUUUAUUGUAUGUAUGUGUCAUUGAAGAGAAUAGCAAGUUAAACUAACUCUGUUGCUUCUACUUAUGUGAGUUUCAAUGAAUACGUUUCAUUUGCAAAUGGAUUUGGUUUAAUUUUCAAACCAACAUUCUGGCAGGACAUUUUUAUAUAGAUUAUAUCUACGUACUCUCAUUUCAAGUUUGCCCACUCUCAAUAUUUUCUUUUUAUGUAUUGGGCUAGUACCUUCAUUAUUAGCUCUCAAGUAUUUUGAAAUAUUUUGACAGUUUCCCCAGAGAUAUAGUGAGAGAGAGAGAGAGAGAGAGAGAGUGUGUGUGUGUGUGUGUGUGUACAUACACAAUCUCCUGUACUGUGUGAAGUGAGUAUUACAUUCCUGUUGCCAUUCAAAUAAUUUGAAGUGUAAAUGCUUUCUUACUGGGCAUGUUUCACUUUCUCAAAACAAUAUCUUGAGUAUGUAAUGCUUUUUCUUUACACUAUUAACUACAAAAUAGAAGAAAAUGCAUAAGAAAAGAUUUUUUUGAAAGGAUAUUUAAUGACUGAUAAUAUUCAAGGACAAUUGGCUAGGGAUUCUUUGAAGGCCACAUAUUGGGUCAGGUUUAUGUCUGAUCUUUUUGUGGAGGUACAUAGAUAUUUUCUUCCUACUUUAAAGAUAGGAUUUUAUGGUGUGCCUAACAAACAUGUUUAUCCUCAGAAUCGAACUACUUAUACUCAUGAAAGUACAAGACCAAGAAUUUUUUCAUUUGAAUUGAUAGACUUCCAAGUUGAUAAAUAGUUCUCAGUAAUUGAAAGUAGGCUUGUUACCUAGAAAAAGAUAAGUUUAUAAUAUUCUUUGGAUUACUAAUGUUCCUAAAGAUUCUUUCAAAAUGUAUUGGUAGAGUUGUGGAGUACUAUCCUUAUUUCUGGUAAAUGCAAGUUGGAAUGUCUCCAUUUUGUUCUAAAAAUGUCAAUGUGUCUUUCACUUUACUUCCUACCAGGUGUGAUUCCGAUAAUGAGUACAAUGUUUCUUAUGUCUAGAUUAACAUAGUAUUGUAAAAUUUUGAUUUAGAAAUGUUAAGUGUCAACCAGUUGUUAGAGUAGUUCUUCCAUUCAGGCAAUUUUAAGAAUCUUUUUUAAAAAAGUUGCUCCAAGUUAUAGCUAAGUGAAAUCAUUCUAUUAUAUGAUUUCUCAAAACGGGAAAUUUCUAGGGAGGUGUCCUGUAAGAGAUAUGUUGGGGAGCGGGGUAGGUGACAAAGCAGGUGUACUCAAAUCUUAAGGUUAAAACUACUAUGUAUAGAAACUUCAAAAUCAUUUAAAAACUCUUUGGAAAAGUCAGAAUACAACUACAGCUAUGGAUAAUCUCAAGAAGGUGUCUCUGUAUGAAAAAAUUUAGGGAAAAUUUUAAAAGGGCACUAAAGUUUGUAUUAAACCAAAUACUGUAAUUACAGUCAGCACCACGUCUAUCUCUAUUUGAAAAAACGGUAGGUGGAGCUAUUUAAAGUAUAAAAACCAAAAAUCGUUCCCGGAGUUCAAGAUUAUGCAGUUAUUGGUUAAGACUCUGAGCGCCGCUGUUCACCAAUCAGGGAGAGAAAGCGGCGAGGUCCGGCUCGAGGUGCACGCGCCUGAAGCACAAAGCGCACAUAAAAAGAAGCUAACUAUCUCCGGGACUGAGAGGAAAACGAGCAGAGAAGUUCCCGCGCCCCAUCUGUCUGAUUCCAGGCCGAAGAGCUGAUCCUGACUUUGGUGGUCAAGGGAAGAACUGGAAAUAAUCCCUGAGGAAAAUCACAAUGACUCCUGCGCUACCGCACCAGUACUGCAAAGGGCUGGUCCUGCUGGGAUUUCUGGGGAUUCUGUGGGAGACUGGAUGCACCCAAAUCCACUAUUCAAUUCCUGAAGAGCUGGAGAAAGGCUCUAGGGUGGGCAACAUCGCCAAGGAUCUGGGGCUGGAGCCCCAGGAACUGGCGGAGCGCGGAGUCCGCAUCGUCUCCAGAGGUAGGACGCAGCUUUUCGCUCUGAACCCGCGAAGCGGCAGCUUGAUCUCCGCAGCCAGGAUAGACCGGGAGGAGCUCUGUAUGGGGGCUAUCAAAUGUCAAUUAAUUCUGGAGAUUCUGAUGGAGGAUAAAGUGAAAAUAUAUGGAGUGGUGGUAGAAGUGAGGGACAUUAAUGAUAAUGCCCCUUAUUUCCGGGAAGGCGAAUUAGAAAUAAAAGUGAGUGAAAACGCAGCCACUGGGAUGCGGUUCCCCCUUCCCCACGCUUGGGAUCCGGAUUCAGGGAAGAACUCUCUGCAGAGCUACGAACUCAGUAGCAAUACCCUCUUCUCCUUGGACGUGCAAAGCGGAGCGGAUAGGAAUAAGUACCCGGAAUUGGUGCUGGAACGCCCCUUGGACCGCGAGGAAAAGGCCGUUCACCACCUGGUUCUCACGGCCUCGGAUGGCGGCGACCCAGUCCUCACUGGUACCGCAAGCAUCCGCGUCAUGGUCGUUGAUGUGAACGACAAUGCACCAGCGUUUGCUCAAUCCGAGUACAGAGUGAGCGUUCCGGAGGAUGUGGCCGUUGGCACAAAGCUGCUUGUGGUAAAGGCCACUGACCCUGACGAAGGAGCCAAUGCGGAAGUGAUGUAUUCCUUCCGGUAUGUGGACAACAAGGCGGCCCAAGUUUUCCAGCUAGACUGUAAAUUAGGGACAAUUUCAACAAUAGGAGAGCUAAACCACGAGGAAUCGGGAUUCUAUGAGAUGGAAGUGCAAGCAGUGGAUAAUGCAGGAUAUUCUGCACGAGCAAAAGUCCUGAUCACAGUUUUGGACGUGAAUGACAAUACCCCUGAGGUAGUUGUCACCUCUCUGUCCAGCUCCAUUCUGGAAAACUCUCCUAGAGGAACACUGAUUGCCCUCUUAAAUGUAAAUGAUCAAGAUUCUGGGGAAAAUGGACAAGUUAUCUGUUUCAUCCAAGGGAAUCUGCCCUUUAAAUUAGAAAAGUCUUAUGGAAAUUACUAUAGUUUAGUGACAGACACACUCCUAGACCGGGAACUUGUUCCUAGCUACAACCUCACUGUCACUGCUACUGAUAGAGGAAGUCCUCCUCUGUCUACAGAAACUCUUAUCUCAUUGAAUGUGGCAGACACCAAUGACAAUCCGCCUGCCUUCUCUCAUGCUUCCUACUCUUCCUGUAUCACAGAAAACAACCCCAGAGGGGCCUCCAUAGUCUCUUUGACUGCCAAUGACCCUGACUAUGGAGAGAACGCCCAGGUCACUUACUCCCUGGUUGAGGAUACCCUCCAGGGAGUACCUCUGUCCUCCUAUGUCUCCAUCAACUCAGACACAGGAGUCCUAUAUGCACUGUGCUCCUUCGACUAUGAGAAGUUCUGAGAUUUGCAGCUACAAGUAAUGGCAUAUGACAGUGGGGACCCGCCCCUCAGCAGCAAUGUGUCCCUGAGCAUAUUUGUGCUGGACCAGAAUGACAAUGCCCCAGAGAUCCUGUAUCCCAGUCUCCCCACAGAUGGCUCCACUGGUGUGGAGCUGGCACCCCGCUCUGCAGAGCCUGGCUGCCUGGUGACCAAGGUGGUGGCGGUGGACAGAGACUCAGGCCAGAACGCCUGGCUGUCCUACCGCCUGCUCAAGGCCAGCGAGCCAGGGCUCUUCUCAGUGGGGCUGCACACGGGCGAGGUGCGCACCGCGCGGGCCCUGCUGGACAGAGAUGCGCUCAAGCAGAGCCUGGUGGUGGUGGUCCAGGACCACGGCCAGCCCCCGCUCUCGGCCACAGUCACGCUCACUGUGUUCGUGGCCGACAGCAUCCCAGACGUCCUGGCUGGCCUAAGCAGCCUUGAGUUUCCCACCGAACCCGAUGAUGUUGGCCUCACUCUCUACCUGGUAGUGGCGGUGGCUGCCAUCUCCUGCAUCUUCUUGGCCUUUGUCCUCGUGCUGAUGGCGCUCAGACUCAGGCGCUGGCACAGGUCACGUGUGCUCCGCACUUCAGGAAGCAAGUUGGCUGGUGUGCCUGUGUCUAACUUUGUGGGCCUGGAUGGGGUGCGGGCUUUCCUGCAGACCUAUUCACACGAGGUCUCCCUCACCGCGGACUCGAGGAAGAGUCAUCUUAUCUUCCCGCAGCCCAACUAUGCGGACACGCUCAUCAGCCAGGAGAGCUGUGAGAAAAGCGAGCCUCUUUUGCUGUCAGGUGACUCCAUUUUUCCUAAAGAGAAUCAUGUAUUAAUGCAGGUGAGUCUAUAUCCAAUAUUUUUCUAUGAGCUUUGAGCAAAGAAUCUCUUACUAUAUAUAAUUAGCACAUACCGGAAUUUAUAAAGCAGACACCAGAAAAUUUAAAUGACUACCUUCACUCAAGCCUUAUUUAUAACAUUUUCAAAUAUAUUUGCAUAUGUUACAUAUAAAAAAUCAUAUUCACUUUAUAAAGUACUGUUAAUGCGCUGCAAUUUUUAUAAUUUAAUAUACCAGCUAUAAACUGUUUCCUGCUUUUAAUCGGUCUUCUCGCCCCCACAUUGGAUGAAAAGCUUUAUGUAGAACAUCUGAUUCUAAUUACAUGUUAAGAAUACAAAUCCUUCUAGAGGGGAUAAUUCAAUAAAAAGUAUAAAUGAAAGUUUUAAUAAUUGUUAUAAAUAGAGCAGCUUCUAACUACACAUGAAAUUACCAACAAAUUCAUAAAGUACAGUAAUUCUUUCUGCUCAUUAGGGAUGUAUACAUUUACACUUUUCAGGGUCCUAAGUCAUUUCAUAGUCUCAAAUCAAUCAUUCAUGA